AUGCUGAAUCUGACUGAUCUUCCACUCAAUGCCACUUCUAACAAAAGCCUUUCUGUGAUCAUCAAGGUGUGUGUGGUUGUUCCCUUGUUUUGUGUCUUCUUUUUCUGCAUUGUUGUUAUGCUGCACAUCUUUGCAUCGCACAGAAAGUUUCUGGACACCUCCCGUUACAUCCUGUUUGCGUCCAUGCUCAUCAAUGAUACUCUGCAGGUCAUGUUCUCUGUGCUUCUUUUUCUCUUGGUCAUAGCUCAGGUUAAAUUUGCUCUUGGUCUGUGUUUUCCUCUAUUGUUCAUUUCCACGGCCACUUUUCAGAACACUCCCUUCAUCCUGGCUACCAUGUCACUGGAGCGUUACGUUGCCAUCUUCUAUCCCCUGCAGCGUCCGGCUGUCUGGCGCUCAGAUCGGAUCUGGAUCAUUAUUCUGGUCUUGUGGCUCCUCAGCUGUACAUUUCCUAUCACAGAGUACUCUAUAGGUCAACAUUACCCUGCUGUGAAUACUUUUUUUACUCCUGUACUCUGCAAGUCUGUUGUUAUCAACUCAUUUCCAAUUCAGGGUUUGUUCAGGACUGCUGUAAACGUGCUCUCCUUUGCAGUAGUUGCCAUCAUCAUCAUCUUUACAUAUGUGAGAAUCCUCCUGGAAACUCAGAAGAUGAGACAGGACAAGGUGUCUGUGAAUAAAGCUACACACACUGUGCUGCUUCAUGGCUUUCAGCUGUUGCUGUGCAUGUUGGCCUUCACUCUGCCCAUCACUGAAACACUCAUAGUGCUCCGAGCAGAUUUGCCACCCGAGGAAAUUGCUUUUUUUAAUUACUUCUGUUUCAUCCUAAUUCCACGUUUUCUUAGUCCACUCAUCUACGGUUUUAGAGACCAGAGUCUCAGAAGAUACAUUGGUAAAACAUUUAAGUGCUGCCCAAACAGAGUUCAAUGCAGUGCCUGAGGUCAAAUACAAAACAUCUUGUUUCCUCAUUAACUGAACA